GUACGUCGCGCGCCAUCGAUCUCCUCCAGGCAGACAUUCCAUGUCCACUUCCGGAAGCCCAUCUGGUGGGAGGGGAGUGUCAUCUCCCCGGCCUAACAGACAACAAGGAGGUCGAGGUAAGUAUCGUUUUCUCAUACACCGUGAUCUUUGAACUCUCUUACUAUCAGUCAUGUACAACUACUCUGAACAAGCUGUCAAUGCCCUGCAUUGCGAUUCGAUUAUUUUAUGCAAAUGCCUUACACAAUGCAAGCAUUCUCGUGCGAGUAUCUAUUCACACCCAUCCACCAUUACACCUACUUAUUAUCUUUACCCAGAUGCCAAGCAUACAUUAUGUCGCAAUGUGGUGAUCUAUGGUCACUGCCGAUAUGAAAAUAGCGGCUGUAACUUCCAGCAUGACCGUGCUAAGAUCAGCUCAUCAGGCUCGCAGAAUGACAGCAAGAAGAAAUUCAAUGCCGACUCGCCAGCUUUUCAGCCAACUCCUCUGCAAUCGACGACAAAUCUGCAGCUUUCAGCCAAUGGUGCUUCAUCCACACCCAGGAACGCGACCAUCUCCCCGAAAGCGUUGAACGCCGCCAUUUUCACACCAAAAUCUCAAAACGUGCAGCCUAUAGCCCCUUCAACACUGAGCAAGGAUGUAUCACAAGAGUUCGUACCCUCACAGUCACACCAAUCACAAGAUUAUGUGGACUACUCGGCUGGCGCUUAUGACUCUCAAUAUCAGAUGGAUCCAAGUGCCGCAAUGGCCUUGAACUACGACACCUAUAACUCAAACUCACCCAUGACCGGGCUUUCCGGGGCUGCCAGCCAGAUGUCAUUGGAUCCCUAUUCGCAAAGCGCAGCCGCAGCACAAGCGGCACAAGCUGGAUUCUACCAAAACGUAAAUGCGUUUCAGCCUAAUUGGCAUCACUACUUCCCAGCACCCGACUAUCUACCGCCUCGACCGGCGUAUCAGAAAAGCGUUCAUGAGUUCUUCAUUUCGAACAACUUGAGAGAAGAACUGUCGAAGAAGAUGGAUGCCUGUGCCCAAACUCUCCCUGGGGGAUCAUCAAAUGCUCUAGCGGUCGAAAAUUACCAUUCUCUCGUGCCACUCCCAAUGAGUAGUUCAAAGUCUGCGCCCAUAUUUGGCUACAAGUCUUUCGUUUUCAAAGCUAUAGACAAAGAUGACGGCAAGCCUUACGCCAUACGCCGUUUGGAGAACUUUUCCCUUUUUGACACAGUCAAUGUGAAAGAGAUCGUCAAUUCGUGGAAAAAGAUUAUCAACCCAAACGUCGUUGGCAUACAUAAGAUGUUCACCACCAGAGCUUUUGGUGAUGGAUCGUUCAUCGUCGUUACAGACUAUCACCCUCUAACGCAAUCGUUAGCCAUCCACUUACCGUCCGCGAAUCGAAGGAACAGAGAUAUUCCAACCGAAAGCGUGUUAUGGGGCUACAUCGUGCAAAUCUCGAAUGCCUUGAAAGAUAUUCACGCGCUUGGUCUGGCAGCUCGCGUCAUCACUCCCAGUAAGAUCCUACUUACCUCUCAGAAUCGAGUUCGGAUCAAUGGAUGUGGUAUCCUAGAUGUCACUCAAGGCGAUUCCAAUGUGGCACAAAGCCUAGAGGCACAUCAGAGUGAAGAUAUACGCCGAUUUGGCGUGCUCAUCCUAUCAAUCGGUCUUGGUCAGCCGAUCAGUGUUUUUAAUACCCCAAAUGUUCAAAAUGGUCAGGUCUUGAAUGCUCUAUCUCAAUUCAGCCAAAACAGGAACUUCUCACCUCGUCUCCAGGACGUUGUCCGUUGGCUAGUUCAAGGCCCCUCGGAUGUCAGUCCCGAGGCUCUUCAAUCCUAUGAUAUCCUGUCAUUUCUUCGGGCGAUCACACCCGAGAUUACAUCGACGUUGAGCAGUGCUCUACACGCAGAAGAUAGAAUCACUUCCCUACUUGGCGCUGAAGUGGAAAAUGGGCGGCUCGUUCGCCUGAUGACGAAACUUGGCAUGAUCAACGAGCGAACAGAGUACGAUAGAGAUCCGAAGUGGUCAGAAUCGGGGGCUCGCUAUCCACUGAAGCUCUUUAGGGAUUAUGUUUUCCAUCAAGUGGACAGUGAUAAUCGCCCUUCGCUUGACAUUGGCCAUGUAAUAACAUGCCUGAACAAACUCGACGCUGGCGUGGACGAGAAGAUCAUGCUGACGUCUCGUGACAACGAGCAUAUUGCGAUUAUGUCGUAUAAAGAGCUGUCGGGGCUGGUCACCAGUGCUUACAACGAGCUGUCACAGAAGCCUGGUCAAUACAGCAGGUGACGAUCACGUUAAUUUGAGUUUGGUUUUGAAACACGCUGUUGACCAAUUUGGUAUAAUUAUAGAAAGUUGAGCACGGCAUCAUAUGUAGAGCGAGAUUUUGGAGUGAAAGAGCAAUCUCUACUAAGACAGGGAUAAGCGAC